UCUUCUCAUCUUUUUGUCUUUUUUUAUGAUUUCUUCAUGCACAUUAGAGUCAUCCUGUGCUCAAACUUCAUUUUAAGAGAGGUUCUUUAUGUCUGAUUCUUUUUCCAGUCUCCUUCACUCAGAGAAGACAAGUUGGAACUGUAACAGCACUCUACAGGGGCACAGCCAGCGUGCAACAAUUGCUGGACUGAUGCAGAUCGCGGCAGCUGCAGGGAUGAACGGCUGGAGCUGGGGAAACGCUGGGAAUGCCAGUAAAUCGGAGAGAAGUGGGCCGCGCAGAGGGAAGCUGAUGAUGCUGCUGUGGAUUAUCCUCUCCAGCUCGCUGUGCCUGAUGGUGGAUGGCCAGCUGAGGAUCUCACCAGAAACUGUGCAGGAGUGGGCUGUAUCGUUUGGCAAAGAGAUAGCUGCCCUGUCUGCCAGAUACUCUGGAGCUAAACUGCUGCAGAAGAAAUACAAGGACGUGGAGGGAGUGGUGAAGAUAGAGGAGGUGGACGGAGCGGAGCUGGUGAAAACGUUUGCCGAAGAGAUGGAGGAGAUGCUUGGGAGGAAGAUGAAAUCUGUGAAGAGGUUGGCAGAAGCAGCAGAGGAUGCUGACUUUUACCACGACUACAAUGAAACGAUGGAGUUUGACUACUACAACUCCCUGCUGAUCAACAAGGUGGAUGAGGACGGGAACGCGUUGCCGCUGGGAGGAGAAUUUCCUCUGGAGGAGAACGAGCACUUCAAUAAGCUUCCAGUCAACACGCAAAUGAGUAACAUACAAGUCCCUACUAACGUCUACAACAGAGAUCCAGACAUUCUGAAUGGAGUCUAUAUGUCUGAGGCUCUGAAUGAAGUCUUCAUUGAUAACUUCCAGAAGGAUCCAACCCUCACAUGGCAGUACUUUGGCAGCUCUACGGGCUUCUUCAGGCUGUACCCAGGGAUCCAGUGGAUUCCAGAUGACAAUGGCGUGGUCACCUUUGAUUCCAGGAACAGAAACUGGUACAUACAGGCGGCCACGUCUCCCAAAGAUGUGGUGAUCGUGGUGGAUGUCAGCGGCAGCAUGAAGGGCCUCAGGUUGACCAUCGCCAAACACACCAUCAACACGAUCCUGGACACACUGGGCGAAAACGACUUUGUUAACAUCAUAGCUUACAGUGACUAUGUUCGCUACGUGGAGCCCUGCUUCAAGGGCAUGCUGGUUCAGGCUGAUCUGGAUAACAGAGAGCAUUUCAAGCUUUUGGUCGACGAGCUGCAUGUCAAAGGAGAGGGCAAAGUGAAAAAAGCAAUGAAGGAGUCUUUCAAGAUCCUCAACGAGGCUGCAGCGCUCGGCCAGGGCAGCCUGUGUAACCAGGCCAUCAUGCUGAUAACAGACGGCGCUAUGGAGGACUUCCAGGAUGUUUUUGAAGAGUUCAACUGGCCAGAACGACGGGUUCGAGUGUUCACCUAUCUGAUUGGACGAGAGAUGACAUUUGCUGAUAAUGUUAAAUGGAUUGCCUGCAACAACAAGGGUUACUACACGCACGUCUCCACCCUGGCUGAUGUCCAGGAAAACGUUAUGGAGUACCUGCACGUUCUCAGCAGGCCGAUGGUCAUCAACCACGACCAUGACAUCAUCUGGACCGAGGCCUACAUGGACAGCGUGCUGUUCAACACUCAGGCUCAAAGCCUGCUCCUGAUGACCUCUGUGGCCAUGCCUGUGUUCAGCAAGAAGAAAGAGACUUUGUCUCACGGGAUACUGCUGGGAGUGGUAGGAACUGAUGUGGCCCUGAGAGAACUGAUGAGAUUAGCUCCAAGAUACAAGCUCGGCGUCCACGGUUAUGCCUACCUCAUCACCAACAACGGCUACAUCCUGUCCCAUCCCGACCUACGGCCUCUGUAUAAGGAAGGGAAGAAGCUGAAGCCAAAACCCAACUACAACAGUGUUGAUCUGUCAGAGGUGGAAUGGGAAGACACGGAGGAAAAACUGAGGACAGCCAUGGUUAAAGGAGAAACUGGAGGGAUGUCUUUAGACGUGAGAACUUCAGUGGAUAAAGGAACGAGAGUGAUGUUCUUGAAGAAUGAUUACUCCUACACCGUCAUCAAUGAGACACCAUUCAGUCUGGGUAUAGUGUUGACAAGGGGAUAUGGACAGUAUAUCUUCAUCGGAAACGUUUCUGUCGAGGAGGGGCUCCAUGAUUUACUGGCUCCAGACCUGACCAUAGCCAACGAAUGGACGUACUGCGAGACAGACAUUGACCCGGCCCAUCGUAAGCUGAGCCAGCUGCAGGCUGUGGUGGGAUACCUCACUGGAAAAGAACCAGAUCUGGACUGUGAUGCGCUGUUGUUGCAGCAAACCCUAUUUGACGCUGUGGUCACGGCUCCCAUGGAAGCCUACUGGACAGCUCUGAUGCUCAACACAUCUAGCAUGGAUGACAGGGUAGAGACGGUGUUCCUGGGGACCCGUUCGGGCCUGAUGAGAUUCCAGAGAUACACUGGUAUUGAGAAAAGAAUUGCCAAGUCUUUCCUGACCUCCGCAGACAAGGAGAAUAUGUUCACAUUGGACCAUUUCCCAGUGUGGUAUCGCAGAGCAGCUGAGUACCCAGCUGGACAGUUUCUAUACUACAUGCCCAGACAGGAGACUAGAGAUAUAUUCAGGGACUAUGAGGCUGACUAUAGCGCCACCUUGAGCGCAGAGGAGCUGGAGCUGGAGCUCCAAGCGGAGGAGGGAGGGAGGCAACGGAGGGAGGCGGAUGAUGAUGAUGUUGAGGAGGAGGAGGAGGCAGGGAGAAUACUGAUUGCCACCACUGCUGUCACUGUCACGGUGGGCAAGAAAACGGCCAUCGCUGGAGCCAUUGGUGUCCAGAUGACUCUGGAGCUGAUUGAGUCCAGAUUCUGGGCCAUCGCUGCACAGCCGAAUGACACGGAUUGCUCGAAGGUAGAGGGGGCUUGUCCUCUUCGGUGUGACAGCUUUGAUAUCGCCUGCUACGUGAUUGACAAUAAUGGCUUUGUCCUAAUUUCUAAACAGCGCAAUGACGCGGGGCGAUUCUUUGGUGAGGUUGACGGAUCGGUGAUGACCACACUAAUCAGAAUGGGCAUGUUCAAAAGGGUGUCCUUGUUCGACUACCAGGCCAUGUGUAAGAUGAACUCGCACUCUGUCAGCAGCGCCCGUCCACUUCUCAGUCCGUUCUAUGGAUUGGCUGCAGCCCUCAAGUGGUUUCUCUCCAACUUCCUGCUGUUUCUCCUGGAGUUUAACAUUUGUGGCUUCUGGCACUCAGACCACUUCGCUGACGCCAAGCCAUCUUUCAGCGUGUCCUCAGCUCAUAAGAAAAAAGGAGACAUCCUGCAGCCGUGUGACACCGAGUACCCCAGCUUCGUCUACGAGCCGUCAGUCAAAGAGACCAACAGCAUCAUCAAGUGCGGACGUUGCCAAAAGAUGUUUGUGGUGCAACAGAUCCCAGAGAGCAACCUGUUGCUGCUGGUGGUGCAGGCAGACUGCGACUGCUCCAGACAGUUCUCACCCAUCAACAUGGAGCCCAAGGAAGUCAAAUAUAAUGCCUCGGUGAAGUGUGACAGGAUGAGGUCACAGAAGAUUCGCCGACGCCCUGAGUCCUGCCACGCCUACCACCCCCAGGAAAAUGCCAAUGACUGUGGAGGAGCAUCUGUUAUAUCUCUCUCAGCCUCCCUCUUCCUCGCUUGUCUCUCCUUCUCUGCACUUGCUUCCUGAUGACGGACAACUUGGCUGUUUCGCCCAUUCUCAUUUAAAAGAGGAGACUGGAAUGAGUCAAGCGAUGUGUUUGGAUACUGGACACCUCAAGUGGAUUUCUUUUUUAAACUAAUACCGCACAUUUUGCUCACGAUAACCACAAACCUAGUCCCUCACGACUGACCUUGGAUGUGGUUUUUAAAGCAUUUAUUGGUCAACUCCUGGAAAUAUCACACGAACUGAAAAACUGCAAAGAAAUCAAGUUAAUGGGCUGUUGUUGCCAUGGAGACUUUUCCAUUAGUUUCUUUGUCACACACCACUUUGAAUCUCAAAAUGAAUAGGGACUAAAGAGAUGCAGGUGGUAGCCAACGUGCACUGGUGAUGGGGGAUUAUGAGUCAAAAGAUGCAACAAAAAGUCUGGGGGGGGAGGAAUAUGUCUCUCAUUUCCCAUAUCCCACUGAAUUGUAUAUUGCAGACACACAUGCAUAUUAUAUAUGCAACUGCAAGCAUGCACAUCGAACCCUUUAUCAUCCUGAAUGCUUCAUCUAUAGACUACACGCUUUUUCAAACCAUGAAUGAAAGAAGGGAGAGAAGGGCUACAGCCGAUACAUGGUAAACAUUGUUGUGUAACAUCAGUGUUGCUGCUAGAAUGUUUUACAAGGUCGUUUGCAAUAUUAGUUUCUGUGAAUCUUCUGCAAAUCUGAAAGGGCGACGGCUCUGUGCCAAGAAAGUAAUGGAAUUACAUAUACAAUUCACAUAAAUAAAAUUAUGUUAUAGAGAAGAUUUUUGAGUUCAUACAUCGAUUACAUCCCAAAAAUGUUUGUUUCUGUGGCAUUAUCUUUUAAACAAUGUCUGCCUUUCUGUCUUUAUCAGCUGUGUCUUUCUGUGUGUUUGUUCAUACUUGUAUUCAGUUAGUUUUGUCUGUUCAAUUGGAAACUGAAAUUCACAGGAUGUAAAUCUACAAUCACUCAUUCAAAAUGUAUUCAGAUAAAAUGCAAUCAUAAAAUGCAAUUACAUGGUACAAUGUAUUCAUCUACAAAGAUGAAGUUGUACCGAAACACAAAUGUGACUGGAAUUAAAACAAUAAUAUAAAAUAAUAUUUUAAGAUGACAUCCGUGCUGUUUGAGUCUACUUUACUCCCAUUGCCGUGUAAAGUUGUACUUACUAUAGUACUCGCCAUAAAUGACAAUAACAUUUUAUAAAUUCCUGAUCAAAAUAACAAUAAUGGAAGGACUGACUCUGGAAAACAAGAUGUCAUAUGAAAAAAAGGCCAGUGUAGUUUUCAUCUCAUAUAUGUAAUUGCAAUGUAAAUUUAACAGUGUAAAUCAAAUUGCAUAUAGGGUAUUUUUGUAUUUGCUUGUGUUUCAUAUUUUUAACUUCAGCAUUUCAUUGUAUUUUGGGCUGUGAGUGUUCCCGUAGCGUUUUUUUCUAUUGUAUCUCUGAAUCACCUUACAAAGCAUGUCUUUAAGUUACACACUGACGACAAAAUUGCCUGAGAAUUUGCCUGUUUAUGUCUGAUUUCUGUUUGUGAUUUCCAGUAUACAGUAUUCUGUAUAUUGUAUGAUUGACAUGUUCACAUUGUAUGUUGGUUGACUGACGCCAUGAUUUGUACCAAGUCAAUUAAACUGUCCACAUGGUUUUUGUACUGUA